GUUGUUCACUUUUAUCAUUCCAUAAUCCUAUAAUAACGUCCUUAAAACAACCAGCUUUUCUUUAGAUUUACCAAGUCUUGUCUAGUACAUGUUGGUCAGUCUUAGAAACCCAUGUUCACAGAAAACGUCUGAGGGAAUUUGGAGGCAGAAUCUGCCUUAGGUAGAGUUCCACAUUGAAGAUGACAUCUAAUAUGCCUAACACGGCCACGACCACCUUCGAUAUUAUCAUCGUCGGUGCUGGUCUCGGCGGUAUUAAUGCAGCAUACCGCUUGCAAAAGCAACUGCCACAUCUCAGCUACGCCAUCCUCGAAUCCCGUGAUGAAAUUGGCGGAACAUGGGACCUAUUCCGCUACCCAGGUAUCCGUUCAGACUCAGACCUCCAUACCUUUGGUUUUGCCUGGAAGCCGUGGGACCAGCCCAGCCCGAUCGGUCAGGGAGCCGAGAUCUUGGAUUACAUGAAAGAAGGAGCGGCUCAACAUGGCAUCGACCAACAUAUUCAUCUCAGCCGUCGACUGCGAUCAGCAUCUUGGUCCUCCGGAAAGCAGAGGUGGACUUUGACUGUAGAUGAUAAGUCUAACGGCGAGACCAAAAAGACGCUGUACUUCGCACGUUUCAUCCUCCUUUGUACUGGAUACUUCAACCAUGAUCAAGCCCUCGAGACAGAGAUUCCGGGCUUGGAGAAUUUCAAAGGCCAAGUCGUGCACCCACAGUUCUGGCCUGAAGAUCUCGACUACACCGAUAAAAGGGUCGUAGUUAUCGGCAGCGGCGCCACGGCCAUUACCUUGGUCCCAGCACUGGCUGAGAAAGCUGCGCUGACCACAAUGCUGCAGCGUAGUCCUUCAUAUGUUGUUGAAAUCCCAAGCAACCGAGCAGGGCGUGGUUCCUGGCUAUCUCGGCUUCUACCGACCUGGAUGGUGCAUUCCUGGAGGCGGCUAACCUCCAUGUUGUGGUCGCGCUACAUUUUUCUUACCUGCCAAGCAUACCCUGAUAAGGCGCGAAAACGUCUGAUCGGAAUGCUCGAGGGUAAGCUUCCGCCUCAUCUCCCCAUCGACCCGCACUUCAGCCCGAGUUACUAUCCGUAUGACCAGCGAGUCACAUUGACCCCCGACGGUGUGUUUUUCAAAUGUCUCCGCUCCGGCAAAGCAGAUGUGAAAACCGCUGUGAUAAAAAAUGUGGUCGCAGAUGGAAUCCAGGUAAUCAAUGCCGAUAGCAAGGAUUCGCCGGACAAGCAUGAUCAAUUCAUCCCCGCCGAUAUCAUCGUCACGGCGACAGGAUUGAAGCUCCGGCUUGCUGGUGGUGCGACCUUUGACGUGGAUGGGAAGCCUGUCAACCCAUCAAAUCAGCUCUUGUGGAUGGGUAGCAUGUUGCAGGGAAUGCCAAACUUGGGUCUUUUACUGGGGUAUACUAGUAUUUCGUAUACUUUGGGCUUGGAUGCAGCCGUCCUGAUUUUCUGUCGGGUGGUGAGAAUGAUGGAACGGAAGAGGAUGGCCACUGUGACACCCCGAGUCGAGCCUGGGGUCACGCUGUCUCUUAAACCAUAUGAUAACCUCACCGCGACCUAUGUUCUCAAGGGCAUCGAUGUUCCACCCAAAGUGGCAGACAAGGCCCCUUGGCUGCCACGAAGUAGUAUUCUAUCAGAUUAUUGGGCAGCACAUUUCGGUCGCAUCGAUAAAUGCUUGGAUAUGGUUAAGGCCGAGGAUUCGCAGAAGAAGAAAACAUCGUAAGCUUUCAUGCAAACGAAGCAAUUGGGAUAUCAAUUAUAUUUGAAGGCUACCCAGGGUGACUUCUUUUCUUGGUUUUCGCUUCCAGUCGUAAACAUAUAGAACAGGCUCCAGGGCCUUUUAGUCAUUCGCGUUACACGUGUUUAUUAUUUUUCAAUAUUGGGGCCUUUUUAUUAUUGUUGUUUUUGUUGUUAUUAUC